AUGGCGGAGCUGCCAGUCAAACCUGGAGCCAGGUUUCAAAGGGCCUCGGUGGGUCUCGGAGGCGCACGAUCGGCCGACCGGCCUAGUAUACUACUUAAUUCAUAUAUCAAAAAUGAAAUUUCUUGUUUUAUUCCGUCACAUCGUUUGUAUCUAAAACAUUGCAAUUUGCGCAAUCUGUCAUUUCCCUCAUUAAUCAUUCUUUUAUUUUUACAGGAGCACCCUACGUGUGCGCUAGACAUUACACCCACCUAUGCGGUAGUGUCCUCUUGCAUAUCUUUCUACGUGCCCUGCAUUGUGAUGCUGGGUAUUUAUUGCAGACUGUAUUGCUACGCGCAGAAACAUGUGAAAAGUAUUCGAGCGGUGACAAAGCUACCGGACACCUCCAUGGCCAAGAGUUUUCGCUCGAAGAGCAGUCGUUGCAAGCCACCGAAGCCGCAGACGAAAACGAAGCCAACCAGCCCUUAUCAUGUGUCCGACCACAAGGCCGCGAUCACCGUUGGUGUAAUCAUGGGCGUAUUCCUGGUAUGCUGGGUGCCCUUUUUCUGCGUCAACAUUGUCGCAGCCUACUGCAAGACCUGCAUAUCUCACCGAGCGUUCCAGGUUCUCACGUGGCUCGGUUACAGUAACUCGGCCUUCAACCCAAUAAUCUACAGCAUUUUCAACACUGAAUUCCGGGAGGCAUUCAAGAGGAUCCUCACGAAGGGGGCACGCGCGCGAGGCAAUCAGCCGUCAACCAGUGAGUGCGGCGAAUUCCGUUCAGUGGUGGUGCAAAAGCGGAACGGUUCCAUGGUCGAGUGUAACAUCAGUCCGAGAUCGAGCGCAGACAGCUGCCAGGUUGGCGUCAUGGCUCAACGACAUCGCGACACUAUCGUCAGUGCUAUAUAAAGCGAGCUUUUCUUUUAACUUUCUCGAUCAUUUUAAACAAUUUAUUUCCUGGAUCUCGCUCUCACUGUUUGUCUUCGAAGUCGUUGCGAUCAUAUUUCGUUACUCGCCGAUCUUAUUGAAGAAUUUGCGAAUCUAAAAAC